AUGCUUCAAACGGUUUUGAAGGGGAGGCGGAAGAGCCGAGGGGCGAGGCGUCGCGUGGCGGCGACGACAGAAGCUCAAGUGGGGACAAGGAGGAACCUCAGGAGCGGCAGUGCCCUCAGCCUGGAGGCUGCGGUGGACGACAAAUGUUCACAGCCUGGGUCCAACGGUUCAGUGCAAGUGGAGAAAGAGCCUCAGCUCGAGAUAUCGGGUGGACGCGAAUGCAGCAACCCUUAUGCGGAUAGAAAGGAGCGCCAGACCAGCAAUGGCGAUAUGUCAGUCGAUGUAGAGAAGGCUGAUACUUCGUUUUCCAGUAGUGUAGGUUCGGCUAGAGAUGCUCUUGAUGCCAGUAAGAGCUCCCAGGAUGGGUCAAACGUUUUCGGAGAGGAGACGGAAAGGCAAAAACGCGAGAUAUCGCAUAUCAGCGAGGGUGGAAGUUCGUUCGGCCACAUGCAGGGGCCGUCACUGGAUAGUGGCCGCGGGGCUGACCCAUCGUUAUGCAGCAGCUUGAGUUCCGUUCGAGAGUCUGUCGAGACAAGCAAGAGCUUCCAGGAUGCGUCAAACGGUUCUGGAGGGGAGUCGGCAGAACCAGAGCGUGAGGUGUCACGUGGCAGCGAGGGUCGACGCUCAUGUGAGGAUACGCAGAGGCGGCAGGCGAAGCAGAGCGCUGCCCCAGUCCAAGUUCAGGGAGCUGCUGAAGCGCCAUACAGCAGUUUCGCUUCAUGUCUAGACGCUGCUGCGGCCGAACAAAGCCACCAGGAUGCGUCUGAAGAGGCUGGACGGCAGGCCACAGAGCCGAAACGCGAGGUUUCCCGUGGCAGCGAGGGUAGAAACUCGUGUGGGGAUACCCAUGAGCGCAACGCGAAGAAGGGGCCUUCUACUGAACGUGCCCAGGAGGCUGGUGCAUCGCUAUGGAGCAGCUUUUGGUCAGCCUUCACACCUGUGGAGGAUACUGGCCGAGCCUUUCAGGAUGCGGUGGACGUGGCUAUACGGGAUACUGAGGAGCCGAAGCGCGAGGGGUCGCGUGGAAGCCAGGGCAUCAGCUCGUGUGAGGACAGGGAGGCGCGCCCGGCGGGACCUGAGGCAUCGGCAGACAGUGUUCAGGGUGGUGGAGUGCGCAGUGUGGAUUCUGUUUGUGAGGCAACUGCGGCCGAAAGCAACUUCCAGGAUCCAUCAAACGGUUCUGUAGAGGAGAUGGAGGGGCCGAAGCCCUAG